CACUCAGCUCAGCUUGUUGACAGAUCACAAUUCGACAACAAGGAAAGAAAGACACUUUUUAAAAAGAGUUGAAUCCGCACGUUAUUGAAUCAAAUUUCGCUAGUAUCAAGAACUUUUAGUAAUUCACCGUUUCAAGUUGUUUGAUUAUCUAACCUACCUCCUAAAAAUGUCGAAAGAUUACAUAUCAAAACACCAUACAUUGCCGGAGAGGCAAUCUAAAAUUGACCUUAUGAUGAGGCAAGAAGAACAUGGUCUUGAAGAACAACUUUACUGCAUCUGCCGUAGUUCUGAUGCUAGUAGAUUUAUGAUUGGUUGUGACUAUUGUGAAGAUUGGUAUCAUGGAGACUGCAUAGAUAUUACUGAGGAAGAGUCCCGCUUCAUAAAAAAGUUCUUCUGUCCAAAAUGUAGACAAAGGGAUCCCAGUUUGACAAUCAAGUACAAACAAAAGAAAUUAGAACAGGCAGGAAAGGAAGAGGCAGCAAAAAAAGCAAAGAAACGACAGGAAAAGAAGGAAUCUACUCCACAAUAUCCCCAUUGUGGUGAAUGUAUCGCUUGUUAUCGAGUAGAUAACUGUAACAAGUGUGACGCCUGUAAAGGGAAAUCUCGUCAACAAUGUAAAUAUCGAGUCUGUCUUACCUUCGCCCCAAAGCAGAAGAAAGUCGAGAUAAAAUCUGAAGAAGAUGAGCCUGUGGUAAAACCUGUCCUGAAAGAAGCAAACUAUUCCGACGAUGACGUCUGGGAGCCAAGUCUUCGGAAAGAGAAACCUCCUGUUCCAGCCCCUAAACCAUCUCGACAUUCAACCAAUAAAAAGGAAAAAACAAAGGGGAGAUACCGUUCCUCUGCGACUACUGGGGAACAUCGCCGCAGAAAGAGAAUUACGUCGUCGACAGAUUCUGGAGGUGAAAGCGAAGUUGAAAAAUCUCCGGCUCGGAAUAAACAAAAAGUUAUCCACUGUUAUGGUCCCCAAUGCAUCAACGCUUCCCGACCUGGAAGUAAAUAUUGCAGUGACCAAUGUGGUCUCAAAUUGGCUACUACUCGUAUUUAUCAGAUUUUGCCUCAACGCAUUCAAGAGUGGGGCUUAACACCUUGUAUAGCCGAAGAGAAGAACAAGAAAGAGUUGGAACAAAUUCGUAAACAGCAAACCGAUGCCCGUGAAGCUUUGGAAGAACUAGAUCUCAAACAAAAGGAAUUGGACGUAAUAACAGCAAAGGCGAAAAAAUUUACAGUAGACAUAAACUCUGACGAUGAAGCAGAUGAAGGUGGAGACGGCGAAACGGAAUCGGCCACUGUUCAGUGCGUUACUUGCGGCAUCGGUGUUACACAAACCAAUGCCAUUCGGCACAUGGAGCGAUGUUUCAACAAAUACGAAAGUCAAACUUCGUUUGGUUCAAUCUUCCAAACGAAGAUAGAAGGCAACAACAUGUUUUGCGACUUUUACAAUCCAAAUAACCGAACUUACUGCAAACGACUUCGUGUUCUAUGUCCGGAGCAUUGUAAAGAUCCCAAGGUCAAUGACACUGAUGUAUGCGGGUAUCCGUCGGUACGGAACGUCUUUGAUGAAACUGGCGAAUUCUGCUUGAUUCAGAAGAAAAAGUGCGUCAAGCACAACAAUUGGGAGAAGCUAAGAAGAGCCGAGAUUGACAUGGAAAGAGUUCGCCAGUGGCUGAAACUCGAUGAACUAUUCGAAAAAGAACGUCAAAUCCGAACUGCCAUGGCGCAGCGCGCUGGACUUUUACCGCUCAUACUUCAUUCAACUUUCAAUCAUGAAUUAAUGCAACAACAGCAGCAACAGUACGCUGGUCAAACUGGUGUUACCUCGGACAGCUCUGAGGCCUAUGCAGCAGCCAAUAAAAAACUUGCCAUGGAAGACGAUACUUAAGGUUGAUUUUGUUUACAUCAUGUGAGGAAUAUCUCCGAACCUAUUGUGGUGAUAAUAAAUUUCAUUGAUUGAUUGUUA